UGAGAGGGAUGCGUUCCCUUUAAACGCCGGGGCCCGGAGGAAGGUGUGUGGGUGACGUCACGGCCGGCGGUGCGGACGGAUGGCCGCCCUUAGGAGCUUGUCAGUGAUGAUCGGGGCGGCUGUGGCGGCGCUGGGCUCGGUCCUGUACAUCGCAUGGAGCCGGUAUUUCCCCAGCCAAAGGAGGACGAGGAGGUACCUGAUGGCUGACACCAUCAGACACAGUGAGGAGAACUAUCUGGAUCGUCAGAUUCUAGUGCUCGGUUUGGAUGGAGCCGGUAAAAGCAGCAUUAUUCACGCCAUAAGCACCAAUACCACAAGGUCCCAUUCAGCUCCAACCCAUGGUUUUAAUUCUGCUAAAAUUCUCAGCCAAGGACUGAGGAUCGAACUAUUAGAGGUUGGGGGUAGCCAUAACCUUCGUACAUACUGGCACCAGUAUCUGACGAAUGCCCACCUAAUGGUAUUCGUAGUGGAUUCCACAGAUGACAUUCGCCUGUGCUUGGCUAGACAUGAACUGCACCGCCUUCUGGAAGCAGCGCCCCAGCUUCCUCUGCUGGUGCUGGCAAACAAGCAGGACAGAGAUAAUGCACUUAGUAUCUCCAACAUUCGCACAGAGUUGUCAUUACACCAGACUGCAGGUCAAAGAGAAGUGACAUUAUUGGGUACCAGUGCCAUCUUUGAUGGUGUUGGCCAGAGUACCUCCUUACAGAGUGUAAGGACUCUUCUGGAGGAGAAACUACACACUGGAAAAGAAUGGACACCAUGUGAGGUCAACCAUGAUCAGACUUCCCUAUUCCAACCCUCACUCGACACCAACAGAUGACAUUGAGGUUCUCUGAGACGUCUAGACCUAUUAACCAAUCUCCUGUAUAGAAAUGGUGCCAUUCCUUAUACCAACCUGUACUCCCACACAGAGUACAAUGCUUGGCCUCGCUGUGGGAGACGGAUGCUUAAGGUUUAAAAA